AUGCCUUCCUCGAAAGUGGCGCCCGGCGCCCAUAUGACGACCACGACCCUCAGAGUAGAUGGAAUGACAUGUGGAGCAUGUACCUCUGCUGUAGAGUCGGCGUUUCAGGAUGUACAAGGCGUGGGCAGUGUCUCCGUCAGCUUAGUCAUGGAGCGGGCAGUGGUCACACAUGAUGCGGAGCAGAUCAAGGCCGAACAGAUAAGAGACAUGAUUGACGACAGAGGGUUCGAUGCGGAAGUUAUCGCUUCAGAUAUGCCCGAGCCUCCCAUAUUCGACGCCUCCGAGGAUGAUGCUUUGCUAGACGAUGAUGAAGUAGAGAUACUGGGGAGCGGGAUGUCCAUGACGACCAUACAUGUCGGCGGCAUGACUUGUGGAGCUUGUACAUCGGCGGUGGAGGGUGCGUUCAAGAAUGUUGCGGGAGUCAAAACGUUCAACAUAUCUUUGCUUUCUGAACGGGCUGUGAUUGAGCAUGAUGCGAGUAUAAUAAGCCCGGAGACAUUGGCCGAGACCAUCGAGGACACAGGAUUCGAUGCUGAGAUCGUGGAGACCAAGGUAGCAGAACCAGCCACAGCAAAGCGCAAGCAACGGAGGAAGAGCGUUUCCAAGAAGCUCAUGACGACGACAGUAGCUAUCGAAGGCAUGACUUGCGGGGCGUGCACUUCAUCAGUGGAGGGCGGCUUCAAAGACAUUCCUGGACUUGUACAACUUAACAUCAGCUUGCUGGCCGAGCGGGCAGUCGUUGUGCAUGAUCCGGAGGUGUUGCCCGUGGCUAGCAUUGUGGAAGCCAUCGAGGAUCGCGGAUUCGACGCUACCGUCGUUUCCAGCGUUGAGGAAGGUGUCCAGACAUCGAACAGCAAUGUCUCGGUGCAGCUUAAGAUAUUUGGUCUACCCAGCCCGGAGUCAGCAGCGGAUCUACAAACCACGUUGAAGAACAUUCCUGGGAUCGUUUCAGCAAACGUCACCUUUGGUACUUCGCGCGCAUCUGUGUCGCAUACGCCGGCCAAGAUCGGUCUGCGGGCUAUAGUCGAGGCCGUAGAGAAGUUGGGAUACAAUGCGCUGGUCGCUGACUCUGACGAUAACAAUGCACAGCUGGAGUCACUAGCGAAGACCAAAGAGAUCCAGGAGUGGCGGCGAGCUUUCAGAACGUCUCUAACAUUCGCGAUACCGGUGUUCAUCAUUAGUAUGUUCCUUCCAAUGUUCAUACCAGUACUGGACGUUGGCGGUAUCAAACUGCCAAUAAUACCUGGACUCUGGCUCGGCGAUGUGCUGUGCUUGCUACUUACGAUCCCAGUGCAAUUCGGCAUUGGCAAGCGCUUCUACAAGUCUGCAUACAACUCGAUACGGCAUGGUGCGCCGACUAUGGACGUCUUGGUCGUUUUGGGCACUUCGGCAGCGUUCUUCUUCAGCUGCGCGGCGAUGCUUGUGUCAAUCCUGAUACCACCACAUUCGAGGCCUGAUACCGUGUUUGACACGAGUACUAUGCUGAUCACGUUUAUCACCCUUGGACGUUACCUCGAGAACCACGCGAAGGGUCAGACGUCGAAAGCUCUGUCACGUCUGAUGAGUCUUGCGCCGCCGAUGGCCACCAUAUAUGCUGAUCCGAUCGCAGCAGCGAAGGCUGCCCAGACUUGGGACGCGUCGGAAGAAGUGCUUGAGAAGCAAAGUAGUGUUGCAGAGAAGGAGCCCACUGGAUCUGCGGUUGAAGAAAGGACUAUUCCGACCGAGCUGAUCGAGGUCGGCGAUGUCGUGAUCCUGAAGCCUGGCGACAAGAUUCCUGCAGAUGGACUCGUCACGCGUGGUGAAAGCUACGUGAAUGAGAGCAUGGUCACAGGUGAAGCUAUGCCGGUCAACAAGACACCAGGCUCUCCUCUCAUGGCCGGCACUGUCAACAAUGCUGGACGCCUUGACUUCAAGGUCACCAGAGCUGGUCGUGACACACAGCUGAGUCAGAUUGUGCGACUGGUCCAAGAAGCGCAGACGAGCCGAGCACACAUCCAGCGGAUGGCGGAUCGUGUUGCUGGCUACUUCGUCCCGGUCAUCAUCACGCUCGGUCUGGCCACAUUUGUUGGUUGGAUGGUGCUCAGUCAUAUUCUGCCACACCCGCCACAGAUCUUCCUACGAUAUGCCAGUGGAGGUCGGCUGAUGGUCUGCGUGAAGCUGUGUAUUGCUGUGAUCGUCUUCGCAUGUCCUUGUGCCCUUGGCUUAGCAACACCGACAGCCGUCAUGGUUGGCACUGGCGUUGGCGCCGAGCAAGGCAUCCUCGUCAAGGGUGGUGCAGCAUUGGAGACAGCGACGCGGAUAACACAUGUGAUCUUGGACAAGACUGGAACUCUCACCCAGGGAAAGAUGAGCGUAGCUCGCUCAGAGCCCAGCGCCAAUUGGAAAGCCAACAGUCAGCGCGUGAGCCUUUGGUGGACGCUUGUCGGAUUGGCUGAGAUGAGCAGCGAACACCCUAUCGCUACAGCUCUCCUCGCAGGAGCCAAGAGCAAGCUCGGCGUCGAUCUUGACGGGCAAAUCGAAGGUACAAUGGGUGAUUUCCAGGCUACCGUUGGCAAGGGCAUCACGGCAUCGGUCGAGCCAGCGAAAUCGCUUGACCGCAAGCGGUACGACAUGGCGAUCGGAAAUGCGGCUUUCCUUCUCAAACAGGGCAUAAAUGUUCCAGCAUCACCUGAAGAUGAAUAUGACGAGUACGAAACUGCGAGACGAGCGUCAAAGUCUGGAGCCUCGUCAUCCAAAGCAGCACAAAAUGCCGGUAUCACCACUAUCCAUGUUGCGAUUGACGGAGCCUACGCCGGUCAUGUUGGACUUUCAGACACUUUGAAAUCGUCAGCACGCUCGGCCAUCGCUGCACUACAGGCCAUGAACAUUGAAUGCUCUCUUGUGACCGGCGAUCAAGCAGCCACAGCCCAUCACGUUGCAGCUCUCGUCGGCAUUCCUCCCGACAACGUCUACGCCGGAGUCCUUCCCGAAGGCAAGAAGGGCAUUGUCAAUGAGCUGCAAGGCCAAGGUCAAAUAGUGGCAAUGGUAGGCGAUGGCAUAAACGACUCGCCCGCACUCGCGACCGCCAACGUCGGCAUUUCACUGGCGAGCGGCACGGACGUGGCGAUGGAUGCUGCUGAUAUCGUGCUCAUGAAGCCGAAUCAGCUUAUGGAUAUUCCAGCAUCUCUGCAUCUCUCAAGGACGAUCUUCCGACGGAUCAAGAUGAACCUGCUGUUGUCAUGUGUGUACAAUGCGGUAGGACUGCCGAUCGCAAUGGGGUUCUUCCUACCGUGGGGCAUCACGCUACCACCACUGGCUGCGGGUGCUGCUAUGGCGUGCUCGAGUGUCACGGUUGUGGUCAGCUCGUUGCUACUCAAGCUCUGGAAGCGGCCGGAAUGGAUGCACGAGAAUGAGGAACUCGCUAUCAAGUCUAGUCUGAGGAAGGCGGGCUUCGGAGCGAGAGUAAGAGAGGUGGUGGGUAGCGUCACUGGACGACGGAGAAGAAAGUCGGAGAGAGAUCGAGGCGCUUAUGUACAGCUGGAGAAUAUUGACGCUGUAUAG